AUGGCCUCCUACGCGGACCCGGCGCCGGUCGCCACCUUCGCCGGGCAGAACGUGUGGACGGCGGCGUCCGACGGCCAGCUGGAGAUCGUGCGCGUGAUGAUCGACUCGGGCGCGCACCGCGCCGACGAGGGCGACGCGCAGGGCUACACGUGCCUCCACGCCGCGAGCUCCUACGGCCACCACGACCUGCUCCGCUACCUGCUCGCGCAGGUCGCCGUCGACGUCAACUGCAAGGACGAGGACGGCGACACGCCGCUCCACGUCUGCGAGGACGUCGAGACGGCGAAGAUCCUUUUAGACGCGGGCGCGGACCCCGGCGCGCCCAACGGCGCGGGCCAGGUGCCCUACGAGGUCGCCGCCGAGGAGGAGCGGAGCGAGGUCGCCCAGUACCUCGCCGACGCGCACCCGGGCUACGCGCGCGCGGGCCUCACGCGGCCGAACCUCGCGGGCGUGACCUCCGGGCCCGACUGCGAGAGCAUGACCGUGACCAUCGAGGAGCUCGCCAAGGCCUGCGGCGAGGACGGCACCGUCGACGUCCAGAUGGCCAUGGACCAGGCCCAGGACGGCAAGCGGCGACGCGUGUAA